ACUACCGUUACGUACAGUACCACGCCAAGCGACAGACGAAAGGACGUAAGCAGCAAACAGCAAAAAUGCUGCCCCGACGUUUGCCCAUUUUCUUCAUCUUAAGUGUCAUUGUAGUCUCCACCAGCCAGUCUUGGCUGAAGCCUGGCUGCCACAAAGUCGGUAAUACGCGCAUAAUAUCGAUACCGGAAUGCGUGGAGUUUCGUAUAACGACCAAUGCCUGCCGUGGCUUCUGCGAGUCGUACGCUGUGCCGUCCAUCCCAUUUGGCCAAGCGAUACCGGGCAUUUUUAAGCCGGUAAAACCGGUGGUCUCGGUGGGUCAGUGCUGUAAUAUAAUGGCGGCAGAGGAAGUACAAAAGCGCGUCCUCUGCAUGGGCGGCAUGCGCAAUAUAACUUUCAAGUCGGCUGUAUCCUGUUCCUGUUAUCAUUGUAAAAAGGAUUAGCCUGCUGCUAUUUGUUGGCAGUCCAUGAACUAGUUACAUUUGUGUAGGUAUUUUUGUAUGGAAAGUGCAUCAGGGUUGCCACAGUUUGUUACGUGAUCUCUUAUCACUUCUAUGUCUGGAAGAAAUUUUUAAUCACAUAAAAGCUCUUAGCCGCGCCUCGUUGAUAACUCAAGAUAAAUACAGUAAUAUUUAGUACCAAAAAGAAAAAUA